CGCCCGGGGAAGCAGGCUGGGACCGGCGCGCACCCGCUCCGCUGGCUGCAGAGGCGGGCUCGUCAUGGGCGCCCUGGACGACGUGCAGCUGGGGCCGGUACCCGAGGAGCGCUACGGCGACGUGAUCCAGCACCUGCGACACAGCUUCUUCGCCGACGAGCCGCUCAACAGCGCCGUGCAGCUGUGCCGGCCGGGCGAGCCGCACGCCGAGCUAGAGCACCACAGCCUCAGCACGCUCGCCGACGGCCUGUCGCAGAUGGCGGUGCACGUCGCCACCGGCGAGGUGGUGGGCGUGGCGCUGAACGGAGUGCAGCGUCCAGGCGACCUGAAGGCGGCGCAGGCCAAGCUCGCCGGCCUGGCGGACCUCAAGUUCCGGCUCAUCUUCGACCUCCUGUACAGCGCCAACCUGCGGCUGGACCUGUUCGCCGAGCACGGCGUGGACCGCCUGUUCGAGUGCCGCAUCUUGUCGGUGGACCGGCGCUUCCGCGGCCGCGGGCUGGCGCGCGCGCUGCUGCUCAGGAGCGAGGAGGUCGCCCGCCAGCAUGGCUUCAAGGUGUUCAAGGAGGACGCCACGGGCUUCUUCUCGCAGCGCGUGGCCGAGAGCGUGGGGCUGCGAGCCGUCAGCGAGCUCAAGUACUGCGAGCACAUCGCGCCCGAAACGGGCGAGGCGGUCUUCAAGACGCAGCCGCCGCACGAGUCGCUCAAGAUCAUGGUCAAGAUCCUGCAGUGAUGCGCGGUCCAGCCGCCGCCGCCCUCGGGCGAGGGAACGGGGUUGGCCGACAUCACAACAGUUCACCACGCACGCUGUUUGGUUUUCAAUUCCUGAAAGGCUUUGGUGUUGCAUUGCUUUCCCGGUUGGAAACAAGGCAUGUGCUCAUCUGCCCUCUCCCUUCCUUCUCCUUUUCACAGCUAUUUACCGAGUUCGUAUCGAUAUUUAUCUACUCAACCAGGUGGUCCGAGGGUCCUACCACAAGAAAUGUUUGAAAAUAAGUUCAUUAAAAUCGUGUUUUAAUGCAAAUCUAAAACUAAUAUAUUACGCGAAAUAUUGCAAUCAAGCCAAUUAAUGUGAACCGACCGAUUUUUUUUUUUUUUUUUUUUUUUAGUGGCGCGAUUUGCGCCAUACUUUCUUUCCCGCAUCAUUCUCUCCGUGGGCGGCCCUGGGGCAAGUGAUUUUUUUUUUAUCGGGAGAAGGGGCCCAAUAUUUAUUCAAACGGGCGUGUAUGAAUUAAGACUGCGUGCAUGCAUAAAAACUAUUAUAUAUCUAUCAUCUUUCAUGGUGGGAUACGAAAGAGAGACUAGGCUAAGGGUGGGUUUACGAUUGGAAAACUUCAGAAUUAUAAACUUAAAAUCUGUACCAACAAUGAGCACACGUUUAAGUAACGAGUGAUACUGCGAAUUUCCAGUUUAUUCUAAAAGUAUUGGUUUUUUUAAAUUUCAACUGGUGAAAACGAGCGAGAAUGCAGCCAAGUUACGGAAUUUUGUGUACUUAUUCGUAGUAAUAGUCUGCAGUUUUAAAUUGCAUUUUGUUAGGAAUUGUUGCUGGUUGUUAAUUUUUGAACUGUAGCAUUUUUUAUUAUUGGUGACAUUGGUUAUGUAUAGGUGACCAGAGUUGUCACAGGAGAAAGUUGUCAAAUUCUUUAUUAAGACGUUUCUAAUGGAUAGAAUUUAUGUACACAUUUUCAUCCUCAGGUUACAAGAGUCACUAUCUAGCGGACGUAAAGUGAACUACGUGCUGACCGCCCAAUUUCUUUCUUAAGAAUAGCUAUGCUUGUGUACAAGCUAGGUGCGAGUAAAAACGUUCUAACUACUUAUCAGUCACUGUACACGUUCCUUGAUAUAAGGAAAGAAAUCUAACAACAUAUUCAUAUUCUAUGAACGUUUUGCUUUAAAAUACUGUAUAGCAAUAUUAUUAACUUGAGAAUAUUUUGAUAGUGUUGUAAAAUAAAUGAAUUAUGGAGCUCUGGGGCAACUUGAAACAAGGGACCAGGGGCUAUUUCUCACUGUGACAACUUUCCCCAUGUAGAGAGGAAAUUUUAAAUAGCUUUCCGACUUUUUUCAAUAACAAUGUUUGCAUUGUUAUUAUGUGUUUGCGAUUAGCAUCAAACAGUCUUUCAUAAAGUGGUUCAUAGGGCUCUUUUUACAUCGUAAUAUAACAAUAAACCAUUCACAUCAACAAUAAAAUAUAUGUAAUUUUAUCAACUCAAAAAAAGUAAAGUGCAAUUUUUAAGUUUUAGGCAAUUAAUAGUUAUUUGAAGUUUUAUUUGAUACACAACAUACACACAUAUAUAUAUAUAUUCAAUUUUACUUAAUUUUUAUAAAUGGUGCGGACGUAUUAUUAGAAGAAAGACAAACUCCUCUGCUGUAUUACUAAGAGCUGCUAAAGCUGUAAAAGAUAUAAAUAACCCGAUUUCCAUUAGGAAAGCUGCCCAGUUGUUUGACAUAAAUUACAGAACUGUAGCUCGAUACCGGCAGGAAGUAAGUGUAGAAAUGCUUACGGAACAGUCACCAGAUUUACCUACUUUUGGUUAUAAGAUACCACGUCAUGUGUUCUCAAGCGGCGAAGAAAAUUUGUUGGAGGAUUAUCUGAAGGAAAAAAAAAAGCUGUGAAUUUAUUUUGGUCUCUCGCCUAAGGAAGUACUAAAAUUAGCUUAAGUCAUGGCAAGGCACUAAACAAAACAAUGUCUUAGACUUGGUGUGUAAAUGAAAUGGCGGGGCCUGACUAUUUCACUGCAUUUCUAAGACACACAAAAAAAAAAAA